AAAAAAAUGGUAACGGAUAUAAUUAUGUGUCCAAGUUACCAUGGCAAUGGAUGCUAAAGACUUAAGGACCGAAGCAGUUUUGGGUGACCGCAGCAACGAUGGCAAUGCUAAAUACGCUCAGGGCGGCGCCACGCUGCCAUGCAAUAGAACUAAGCCAUAUCAAGAUAUUGGAUCAAACUCAUUGGCUAAAGUGGAUGUACAGGCCGCGCGGCCGUGCGCCGUCAUAGGCCCCGAUCGCGUCGUGCCGCCAGCCGCUUCUAGCGACGCAUAUCUAAAAAAAGGUCCAAUAGAGCCAUGGCUGACCAUGGACAACUCUUAUCGCCGUCCACCGGAUUAUCCACACAAAGCUCUGGACUAUCAGCAUCCAGCCAGAAACAUAUCUCCAAGACAAACAUUCCAAGAAAAUAUGCAACGCAUUAUGGUGCCACCUUCAUACAAUUCUGUGAAAUUAAAAGAAGACCAUAACUUUUCAGUGGAUACAAAUAUUUCCCCAAUGAAAAAUAACAAGUUUAAUAUACCCCCAGACUCAAAGUAUUGUGAAGUGCCUUAUGCUGUUAGUAAUGCAAUGACUAAUGAACAAAAAACUGUUAGAAACUCUGAAAUUAGUGUGCCAACCAUGAAUCCUCUUGCAAGAGGUGCCCCUCAUGCAUGGCCUCCGAAUAGUGCAAAUAUCAGACCACCUAAACCAUAUGGUGCCCCUGAACUGUACCAGUAUCCAGAAUACUCCAGCUGUGCUGGCCCAAGACCCAUGCUGAUGCCAAGACCUCAUAGGACAGUGCAUGAAGAUGCAGGGCACAUGUAUCCAGACCCGUACUUUCAAGAAGGAAGCAUUCGAUUCAAGCCUUACCCAACAGUAAAAGAGCGGUUUACACAACCAAGGUAUGAUUAUAUUGCUAAUUAUUCUAAUCCAUUUCAUCCACCUCCACCCUUCCCGACACAUAAAUAUGAAUUACAAAAGUCAGUACACUCUCACCCUUACCCAGGGUAUCCUCAAGUCCCUAUCAAAUACCUUGAUAAUAGAAUGUCUGAACCCAUUUUGAAUGGCUAUCAAAGGUCAAACCCACAGGCACAUUACGGUAAUGUACCAUUUCGGAAUCAAGUAAUACAUCCUACUUAUGGACCUGUUGGAGGAAAUUGUUUGCAAACAAAUAAAUACUAUCCAUUUGCACCAGAAAGUUCUGCUAAACCAAAUACUUCAAACAAGUUACCAUAUGACAAUAACAAUAAAAUCUUUCCUGAAGGUUUCUAUGUUAAUGAACUUGCAAGAACUCAUCCAAUGAAAGGUCAAGUUCUACCCCCAAAUUACCCAGGAAAUAUAUAUGGGAUGCCACCACAUACCUACUAUAGGAGAGAAAAUCCUACCAUGAAAGGUUAUGAAUUUGGACCUCAUGUCCGCAAUAUUGACCCAUCAAUGCCGAUAAACGGGCCUCCUUUAUCAAGAUUUCCAUCACAAUUUUCGCCUUCAACUAUAGCAAUUUCCCCAUCAGAUUCUAAUACCAGCAAUGACACCAAUCAAACGCAAGGAGCUUCUCAUGAAGAUUGUGGGUAUGUUAGCCAAUCCUCUUCGGUCAGUAUGAGAAGUAUGGAAUCUGGUACUAACAGAAUGCCUUACGAUAUUUAUAGAAGAUAUGAUCAAAGAUACAACACUGUGGUGAAAUCUUCUUUGAUACCAAAGUAUGAGAGCAAUUCUCAUGCAAGCUCAAAAGAUAAGAAAGACAUAGACGUAAGACAAUUCCUACAAAUGUGGAAUGAAGGAGAAGAAGAAAAUGGAGACAACAACAAUUUACAUGAGAAUGGUGUACGUAUGUUAACUAAUUCAAAAGACAUAAGCAAAGUUUAUGAAGCCAACAACCAAGAGCAGCUUUAUGUUCUCGGUUUGGUCAAUGUGCCCAGUGAAGAACUGGGUAAAUAUGAACACAUUCAGAAAGUUUCCAAAUUACCUGAGAAUAUUAAAGGAUACAACAGUAUUGAACUACUUCAUCAGUUUGAAGAAGUAAUUGAAUCCUCAAAUUUAAACAAUUAUAAUUCUAAACCGUCUACGCCAAGAACUUUCGAAAGUUCUUUGAAAGGAUCGUCUACGGCAUCGUUACACGGAUUAGGUAUACCAACGCGACCAAUUUCGCCCCUUGAUGUUGAAGCCAAGAUAAGUCAGUCAGUUAUUCACAAAGAAGUUGGUUGCAAUUUUGAAAUAAAACCCUGUAGUCCUAAAAUGUUGAAUGUCGAAAUUGCGACUCCAGUUCACAGUGUUUUAGGAGAAAGAGUUAUUGAAAAGGUUACAAAUCCGCUGAUUGUUCAGUCCUCCAUUUUAAAUAAUGCAAAUGAAAGUAUACUGAAAUGUCAAGAGCAAAGGAUAAACGAAAAUGUUUCCAGUUGCAAAAUGAUUAAUACUCAGUUUUCUAGCAGUGAUCAUAAUGGUUCGGUAAAAACCAAUUACAGUUUACAAGACCUGGAGAGCAAUUCCGGUGUCUGCUUGGCAUCUUUACCUAGGCUCGAUAAUGACAUUGAAUUAAGUUUUCCUGAAGUAAAUCAACAAUUUAUCAAUGCUAAUAAAGUGGAAUCAGUUAUCACUACUACUGCUAAAGAUCUGCCCAACUUGGAUGUCGAUCGACCUGUGGCAAAAGAUCAAGUCUUACAAGAAAUAGAUCAGUGCUUAUCGAAGCCAGAUAUAGAAAAAGAUCUUUCAAAAUUAAGUAAAUAUAGAAAAUUAAAACGUAAAGGUUCCGGGCCUAAAGAAAUAUUUACAGAAACAAAUGUUCAAGCUCUGAGGACAGAUAGUGUGAUAAUAAAAAAUCCAGAAAAUCUCAAAAAUCAAGAAGAAUGCUUGUCCAACUCCCCAAAUACAAAUGAUGCGCAGCAAGAUCCCAUCAAUUUAACAGUCACCAUUGAUAAUCGUACUAUUGAACAUAACGAUGUCCAAGAAGCGGAUUCAAUAUUGAAUAAAUCCAGUGAUCUGGCGAUCGACUUCAGUUUAAAUUCAUCAGAGCAUUGCAACACCAAAGAAAAUUUACCAAACUUCAAAAUCAAUACAAAUCUGCGUCAAAGUGAAGAGAAAGAUGAAGUUUAUUUAUUUAACGAAGAAGUUCCAAAAAGUGCGUUUCAUGCCAGUUUUCCUGAUAUUUUACCAGAUUCUAAAGCUCCCGAAUACGACUCGUGCAAACCUAAUACGAUAGACAGUGUUGUUGGUCACGAUGUGUUUGCCACUGAACAAAAAAUAAAUAAUGUUGUAGAAAAGUCCGAAAAUAGUACUUCUCCAGGAAAUCUUUCGAAAUUAAAUGCAGGAAAUAAAAAAUUGCAUCAAACUGAAGAUGAAUUUCAUUAUAACAAUGUCACAAAGGACAAUGAAAUAAGUGUUACCGAAGAUUUACAGACAAUUUCUGCAACUUCAUCAAAUAAAUUUAUGCUGUGUGAUAAAAAUAAAAAUCGCACAGAAAAUUAUAAUUUUAAAUCCAAGUUGACACAAACUAAUUCGGCAAUUAACCAAAGAAUUAAAGAAUUAGAUAACGAUGUGUGUGACAAUAAAACUGACCUUGUCGUGAACAAGAAAAGCGAAAUGCAACACGUGAAACAAUCCAAUGAACCAGCGUUGUACAGCAAAAUGAGCACAAAUAAGGGUAUAAUCGAUGAAAAUGAAGAAGCCAAAGAAAUCAAUAAUAUCGUUAAUGUGCCUAAGGAUUCUCAGGAAGCACAUAUUUCAAGUGCUCACGACGAUUUUAAGAAAUCCACACUUAUCAGCACUUUAAUGUCGUUUAAAACGCUGUGUGCAGAGCAACAAGAAUUUGCAAAUCUAGUUAACACUCCUGAAGAAGUGCAAGAAGUUGUAAACUUACAAGAAACACCUGAUGGAAUACAAGAAAUUCCUUUAGCUUCUAAUAUUCCUACAGAACCACGGCAAGUAGAAAAUACGAUUUUUGUACCAGAUGACCUAGCAUGUGUGUCUAAAGAAUCACCAAACACAGAAAAUACUUUGUCACCCACUACAUCAUCAGAGAUUAACGAGUCAGCUUAUUUCAAUGAACUUCUUGGAGAUGAUAUAGGACAAACGUACAAAUCAAUCGGUACUUUAGAGAAAUCACAAGGGGAAGAUAAAACAGGAAGAUUGGUUCGUGUUUCUGAAGAACCACGAGACUCUAAUAUAAUUUGUGAUCUCGAGAAGCCAGAAGAUAAACAGGAAUUAAGAUUGCAGAUUGAUUGUUUUCGGUCGAAAGAGAUAAAAUAUUCCGAUAAAAAUAUGGAACGAAAAGUUAACUGUCGUGAAGUAACAACGAACAAACAGGGGACUGCUUUGACUCACGCUAAAUAUAAAAUUAACAAAGAAUUAUUUUCACCACAGAUCCAAAAAUUAUUAUUAUUAGAAGAAGGCGUUUGUUUAAACGAACUGCAGACAGUAUCUAAUGUAGACGCAAUGAUUAUCAAAGAAACAUUACUAAUCAGGAGACGAACCGAAGUUUUGAACAGUGACUCAUCUGAUCGAGAAAUUUCAUGUUUCGAUCUAUUCGACAAUAAAUCUGCUGAAAGAAGUAUUUCGCCUAAGAAUUUUGAUUUUAAAGCAGUAGAAGAUUCUCCUGUGAACGUUUCAAAAUCAGUAAAAAAUACAGCAAGUGAUUCAGAUGGUGAUUCGCAUUGUGAUGUCAAUUUGAUCAUAAGUACUGAGUCGAAUUGGAAAGAUACAAAAGAUGACAGUAAUGACUGCAAGCGAGAUGGCGUUUUGAAUAGAAUUGACCAUCCCAAAAAUGAAAGUGUAAACCUCGAUAUAAAUGAAGAAACAGAGAAACAUAAUAUUCCUUCACUUGGAACAAAAUUGACUCAAACCAUCCGAACAAACGAUUCUCAAAAAGUGGAAGUAGCUAUCACGCAAUCAAAAAACAAUAGCAUUGAAUCGGAAACUGAUACUGAUACAACUAGUGUGAUCAAUGAUACGUCAAAUGAUGACAAGUACGCUGAAAAACCGUCUGGCGCCAUAAAGAACGAAAUCUAUGUUAAAGUCCAACCAUGCUUGAGUUCCAAAAAUAUCACUCAAUUUGAAGGCGAGCCUUUAUUACACCCUAAGGAUUGUACAGUUCACAAUGUAAUUAAAGUACAAGUUCCUCCGUUCUCGACCACCAAUGCUGUCGAUUCAAAUGAAUCAACAAAGUAUCCUAUAAAUAGAAGUGAGGAAACUAUUAAUAAAAAUGAGGAAAUUGAAACCAUGAAAAAAAUGAAUACUCAAUAUUUUAAUACUUUGAGUUCAGAAAUAUCGAUUGAAGAAUUAAAUAGUAAUUCGUUUUCCUCAGAAGUUAUUGCAUUUGAUAAUUCCUUAUCUCCGGCAAAAACGGAUAAAAUAAUUAUUCCUGGCAGUCCCAAGCUGGAAAAUGUUAUUGCAGACAGAGAACAAGCGCCAAAGUUCAAUAACGAAGAAAAUACAAUUCAACAAAAAAGUGACAAUGAUCGAAUUGACGAAAAUAUUAAUGAAGAUUCCAAUACAAGUAAUAAUUGUGUAGAAACCGAUUAUAUCCUUGAUUUUGAAGAUAGUGUUAUUCCGAAUCAAAGUUCUUACGACUUACAAGGAGAUAUAAACGAACACUCGUCUGCGAAUGAAAUUCAUUGUGUGAAUGAAAGAUUGGAAAACGUGAAUAAUAUACAAGAAAUAGCUACCAGUUCUUGUAACGAGAGCAAAAAUAAAAUUUUUACCGACCCAUCGCAAGACGUAACUCAAACUACCAAUUUCGAAAUAGAUCAAAACAAAAAAGUGCAGUACUCAAGUAACUACAGGUAUAAAAAGAAAAAAUCUUUAAAAAGAUCACUGUCAGAAUCCGCUUUAGAUGACAUCUGUGACAAUGUUUUUGAGGGUUGUGAUAACAAACCUUUACUGUGGUCAAAUAAGCGACAAAAAGUCGAUGACAGUGAAAAUUUAGCAGAUACUCAUUUUGUACCAGACAGUUACUGUAAUCUAAUUCAGCAGAAUAGAAGGAACUCAGUGUCUUCGAUGUAUAACGAAGACAAUGUAUCUUUUUGCAUACUAAUUGAAAAUAACUGUAUAAUAUCCGAAGAAGAAGAAACUGAAAAAAUAUGUUUUGCAGAAAUACGUGAAGGCUGCUUGCCUUGUCUAGAAAAUAGUUCUGAAAAUAUUAUUAGUGGAAUUGACGAAGUAAUUGAUGAGACAACUGAAGAAGUUACGUUCCCUGAUGAUAUAAUCUUUUCACCUUCUGCUGCGCCUUGUGAGCACGAAGAUAAAGCAUUAGAAGAAACUUGGGUGGAUGAUGUAGCGUAUGUUGAAACUGUAGUGAGUGAAGACGUCGCAGAAGACAUAGUCAUUAGUGCAUCAACGUCACCGAAAAAUGACAGUGACAUAGAUGAAGAAUUGAAUGAUGAUGUAGACAUUUACGGUGACCACACAGAUAAGGUUAAGUACAUAUACGGAGAUAAAAUGUGCAGUGAUGAUGCUCAUUUGGUGGAAACCUUGUACAGGACUCCGCAAAUGGAUGUUAACAGAACACUUGUUUACAGAGAAUCUCAAGCUAUGGAAGAAUGUAACAGGUAUUACGACAAAGAAUCCUUAGAAAAAGUGUUGUCGGAUUCAGUUAAUGAAGAUAUAGUUCCUGAAAUAGCAGAGGAAACCCAGAAUUUGAAUUGUACUAAUCCGAGUUAUUCAACGCCCGCAACCAGCGAAAAUGUACAUGACUGCAGUGAAUUUCAUAAUAUGGACAAUUCUUCACUGUUUCACUGUUCAAGAGAUAAAUUUAACAACAGUGACCAUAGCCAGUUUGUGGAGAAAAAAGAACCCGAGGAAAUGCCAAAAAUACCGAUUGAACAAACGCAGGACCAAACUAUCCAUUCCUGUGAAUCGAGUGUCGAUAAUGUAUUUUCUUAUGUUCAACGAGAAGAAAGUCCAAAGUGUGUUAUUUCUAGCUCCCCAGAAGUAUCUUCGACUACAUCAGAAGAUAAAAAUUCUUCUAUAUUGCUUAAAAUAACUAAUUACAAUGGAUCUAGAAUAUCGGAAAUAAACAAUAUUAAUUCAGGAAACCGAAUUAGCUGUAAAUACACAGAAGACAAAGAUUAUAUAAGUUCCCAUAAUAAUUUACCGGCGCGACCUUUAAUAACAAAAGCUGCCCAGAAGUAUAUACCGCCAUUAAAAGAAUCAAUACGUGAUCUUAAAGUUCAAUUGCCCCUCCCACAACAUAGUCUUUUAAAAUUAAAACAAUUAAAAGUAGCCAAAGAGAAACCAAAAUCAAUCCCAAAAACUAGUAACACUGUUUGUAGAAAACAAAUUCUUAAGAAACCUAAACCAAAAUUUGAAGAUGUGCUUAAAAGUAUAGAUGAAAUUCAAGUACAAAAACACAAAGAUAGUAAAAAGAUAAAAAAAGCUGUUCCGAAAGUAGUAAUUAAAAAAAACGGAAAUGGUUCUCAUUACGCCAGCACAUCAGAUCUUAAGGAUAAAUACAAUCCUGAUUUGACUGGCAGAAAAUGGCAACCGUGGGUUUUUAUAGAAAGAAACAAUUUUAUAGAUAAAAUGGCUCUAAAAAAAGAAACACGAGCUGUUUUUAAUUAUAGAAAAAAUGAAUAUGUUUUAGCUGAAAAGUUUCGAAAGUAUAGAUCAGUUAAUAGUGCAAAGUUUGUCAUAUCCCAACCAAAACUAAACGACUCUAUUUCGGGCCAACUAAAGUACACGAUAAAGUUAAAACAAAUAUAGUUUCUAAAGGUGACUUGUUUGAAGUAAAGCUGCUUUAAGACUUAGUCAGCCGCAUUUGUUGGCUAUUAUUCUAAAGGAUCCCACCCAAAGGUCUCGUAUUUACAUUCCUGCGAUUCCAGUAGAUUUUAUUUAUUAGUUAUCCAAGGAAGUUCACUAAGUAUUUUAGUAUUAAUAUGAAUGUUAAGCCAAAAUCUUGACUAGUGUGAUAUGAAAAUGAAAACAAAGAUAGAAACGUAGUAUAAUUUUUUAGAGUUUCGUGGCGCUGUUUUUGAUCUGAUGUUUUUGUUACGAAGAUUCAAAGUUUAUAAAGAUGUUUCAUCUAUAAAAUUCAUUCCAUUUCCAACAGAUCGUAGAUAAUAAGAUUAAUAAUAAUAUACAAAUAAUUUAUUAAAUGGCAUUAUUUAAGCACUUUGUUAGUAGCCAGAAAGAGAACUUGUUUUAUUUAUUUAAUUUAAAACUUUGUUUUAUGAGAAUUAUUCUCUUGUUGGAGUUGUAUAGUCUUAUUUUGCUCAUAAUGAGUAGGAUAUUUAAAAUACCCCGCACCACCAUGGUGCAUCUUUUGGUGAGUUGCUAAGGACGUGUAGAUACACAUUAUAACACAUUCAAUUAACGAUAAAUUAGCGUUCAGUCAGACACUGUUCUAUUUGUGUGUAAUUUUGUCAUUAAUAUGAUUUUUAAGAGAGGUUUUUAUCUGUAUAGUAGAUAAUUUAUUUUUACGACCAAUUGCAAAUGCGAUGGUUAUUGAUUGCUCACGUAAAUUAUAAGCACAUACAUACAUAAUAUUCCUAUCGCAGGAAAUAAUGUAAUAAUAAUAUUGACGAUAGAGUGAAUGUAAAAACAAUAUUGUUAACUUUAUUAAAAGUACAAACAGAGCACGUGGAUAUCGUUGUGUAUCAUAGGCAUGUGGUUUGUUAGCACUAAGUGUUAAUCGU